CAGUCGGCAUUAAUAUUUGUCGGCACAGGGAUCUGCUGUACAAUAAAAAUAAAAACCAACUUUGCCGCUUAAAAUUGUAGAAUUGGUUUUAUGCAUUUUGGUUUUAAUUUUAAAUUUAAUAUUUAUGUGAUUUAUUCAAUGUCUUUAAAAAUGUGUACAUUGGCCUCUCAAGGAAAGAUUAAGGUAAAAGCUAAAGACCUUAAUCUGGAUUUGACUUUGCUGGGAGGACAAAGUUUUAGAUGGGAAAAGCAAAUCAAUGGUCAUGAAUGUGAAUGGCGAGGUGUGGCUUAUGGUGUAUACUGGAUUUUGAAACAAAAAGAAAAUUGUUUAUUUUACAAGGUUCAUACAUCAAACACUUUCCACAAUGAAGAAAAUAACGAUAAAAGUUUCUAUAGUAAAUUACUCCAACGUUACUUACGCUUAGAUUUUGAUCUAUCCACACAAAUAGAAUUAUGGCGAAAAUCCCAUCCUCAUUUUGGCAAAUUGGCUCCUCAUAUGAAAGCUGUGCGAGUAUUGGAUCAGGAACCUUUAGAAAAUAUAAUAUCAUUUAUGUGCAGUCAAAACAAUAAUAUUAAAAGAAUAUCAACUAUGAUACAAUGGUUAUGUAAGAGUUAUGGAGAAAAUAUUGGAAAUUUUCAAUCAAGUGAUGUCUAUAGUUUUCCUAGUUUGGAAUCGUUAGUUAAGGAUCAAAAUACGCUAGAAUCUCGUUUACGUUCUGCAAAAUUUGGAUACCGAGCAAAAUUUAUUGCUCAAUCUAUAGCAAAAAUUAACGAGUUUGGCGGUAUAACAUGGUUUGAACGACUACGUUCACUUCCUUAUCAAGAAGCGCGACAAGAAUUGGUAAAACUUCCUGGAAUUGGUUUUAAAGUCGCUGAUUGUAUAUCUUUGAUGUCACUUGGUCAUUUGCAAUCAGUACCGAUCGAUACACACAUCUUUAAAAUUGCCCAAUCUGUUUAUAUGCCUCGAUUAUCUGGUGUCAAAGCUGUGACACCCAAAAUUUAUGAAGAAAUCGCAGAGCAUUUUCGUGAGGUUUAUGGUCCCUUUGCUGGCUGGACACAGGCGGUUUUAUUUUGUUCGGAACUUCAACAAUUUCAAAAUAAAAAUGAAGAGAAUUCAUCAUCACCAACCAAAAAGAAACGCAACAAAAAAACAGCGACUUAUCAGCGGCGGACUCAUACGAAUACUAAAUGAUUGACUGUUUGAGCAAGUGGUCUGGAGUUAGCUGUUCGGUUGGCAAUUAUUGCUGCGAGCUUUAAUAUGAACUGAAUGAAA